UGGUAGUUACGGCUCCAGCAGGGACAGAAUGUGGCUGCCGUCGAAGGCGUCCGACCGACGACUGAUCUCCGAAACUUACUGAACUCUUUUUUUUUUCUUUUUUCCUCCAAGUGUGGAUUUUUGCUUUCUCUCCGCUUUCCUGAAAGAACACAAAGCAACCCGGUUGGAUUAACAUUCUUUAAGGGAAUAACUUGUUUUCUCAUUAAAGUGGCUGACUGCAGCUCGGGUCCCCAUGCCCUGCCUUGUGUGUGCUGUUUGGCCUGCUGAGCCCAUAGGAGCUGGUGUGUCUGUACUGGGUUGCAGCUGAAGCAGGACUACAGCUACCGGGUGGUGGUGCCGGUGCCUGUGGUGGUGCAGGCGGGUCGUCAGAGGGCCUAGAGCCCCAGUAGCAGGCGGAGGCGCCUGUCCUGUCCCAGCCACACGAAGAUGAACAAACUGAACUUCCACAACAACAAAACCAUGCAGGACCGCCGCUGUGUCUGUGUUUUUCUGCCCAAUGAUGACACACUCAAUGUCAUAGUCAAUGUGAAGACCCUGUGCCAGGAACUGUUGGUCCAGGUGUGUGACCUCCUGAGGUUGAAGGACUGUCACCUGUUUGGACUCAGCGUUAUUCAGAAUAAUGAACACAUCUAUAUGGAGCUGGAUCAGAAACUAUCCAAGUACUGCCCUAAAGAAUGGAAGAGAGAAGCCAGCAAGGGCAUCGAUCAGUUCGGGCCUCCGAUGAUCAUUCACUUCAGAGCUCAGUAUUACGUUGAGAACGGGAGAUUGAUCAGUGACCGGGCAGCCAGGUACUACUACUACUGGCACUUGAGGAAACAGGUGCUGCUUUCUCAGUGUAUCCAAAGGGAGGAGGCCUACUUCCUCCUGGCAGCCUUCGCCUUGCAGGCUGACCUCGGCAACUUCAAACGUAACAAGCACUUUGGGAAGUACUUUGAACCUGAAGCCUACUUCCCCCCGUGGGUGAUAGCCAAGCGCGGCCGUGAGUACAUCCUGAGGCAUAUCCCAAACAUGCACAAAGACCAGUUCGCCCUCACGGCUUCAGAGGCGCACCUCAAGUACAUUAAGGAGUGUGCUCAGCUUGAUGAUGUCACUGUCCACUACUACAGACUUUACAAGGACAAGAAGGAAGUAGAGGCAUCUCUUACAUUGGGGCUGACUUUACGUGGUAUCCAAAUAUUCCAGAACGUCGGGUCUGUAAGGCAACUGUUGUACGACUUCCCCUGGACCAACGUGGGAAAACUGGUGUUUGUGGGGAAGAAGUUUGAAAUCCUUCCUGACGGACUCCCCUCGGCCCGUAAACUCAUCUACUACACAGGUUGUCCUUUGCGCUCUCGCCACCUCCUGCAGCUGCUCAGUAACAGCCACCGGCUCUACAUGAACCUGCAGCCUGUUCUCAAACAAGUCCGUCGGUUGGAGGAAAAUGAAGAGAAGAAGCAAUACCGGGAGUCGUACAUCAGCGAUGCUCUUGAACUGGACAUGGAGCAGCUGGACAAGCGUUCCAGAGCCAGCGGCAGCAGCGCAGGGAGCGUUUCUCAUCACAAACGUCUGUCCCGCCACUCCACAACCAGCCACGGCAGCUCGCACACUUCCGGCAUCGAGACGGACAGCUUCAGAGCCCCGGGCCAGGCCCCCCACAGGCCCCUACGAACCUGCAGCUCAUCCACAACCAGCCACGGGAGCUCACACACCUCCGGCAUCGAGAGCAGUAGCAAGGAGCGCAUACUAGAUGAUGACGAGAUUGAGAUGCUGGUGGACGACCCUAAAGACUAUGAGGAGCUCCACGAGAUGGCUCUGGACCAGGAGCUGUGUAUCCACAUCACCGAGGACAUGCUGACGAUGUCCCCCGAUCAGACCAACGGAUACUCCGGGCUCAUAGUGAAAGAUGUCAGCUCCUCCACCUCCAGCUCCUCUGAGACCGUCGUCAAGAUGAGAGGACAAAGCAUCGAGUCUCUGCCACAGACGUCUGCAUGCAGGAAACCUCAGUCUUCAACCGACCGACACAGCCAGUCGCUCGAUGACGUCCGGCUCUACCAGAAGGACUGCCUGCAGUGGGCGGAGCUCUGCCAGGACACCGCCCACAGCUACACGUUCGGCUGCGCCCAGGAGCACAGCGACGGCUGCGGCUACCAGGGCCUGGCCGAUCAGUGCACCGGCAUGCGUGGCGAGCAGCACCCGUUCCCCAUCAAAAGAACCAACAAAUACUUCUCCCUGGACCUGACCAGCGACGAGGUCCCUGAGUUUGUGGUGUGACGGAGGGCGACGCGGAAACAAGGCGACCUCAGGGUGACCUUUUGUCAGAUCUGGAGAUGUUUCAGCCCUCAGGGAACGAGACAAGAGAGGAGUGUUGUGGGAGAGGUGGUUUCUAUUCUUGGCAGCAAAUAGCAGCGAUGAGUAAACUGGCAACAAGUUGGCUGCCCCUUCACUUACCACUUGAGAUGUUUAACACAUAACAAAUGAACAAACAUGGAGGACUCUGGCUGAAAUGGGAAUUUUAUAAACGAACACUGGGUUCAAGAGAACCUGUGUCUUUAAAAACGUAACCCGAGCUGCUCCCCUGUGUGAAAGGAAACAAAAGGGAUCUUCUUUAAAAAAACAUUUAUAUUCAAAUCUGUCCGCUAAACUGGUUUCAAGAUCCACAUUUGCCUGCUUAAUAAAGUCAUAAAAAGACUGUGUGUGCAGACAUGAAGAGCAUAUCAAAGAUUUUCUGCGGUGGAGGCAAAGGACGAAAUCACUCUGAGCUACGAACCAAAGACAAGAAAUGGAAAACUUAUUCACCCAGCGUGCAGCCACGACAAAAACAUUUCAAAGUCAUUGUUGGAGGGAAGAUGAACUCAUGACCCUCAGUCUUCCUCUACGCCACUUCAUUUUACCUCAACAGGAAGUGCAGUGUGCCAACUCCCCCCCCCACCCCCCCCCCCCCCCCCCCCCCACCC